AUGGCCCGAGUCGGCUCGGCCUGCCGUCCGCGUUUUGGGGCCGGUUCGGCAUCUAGGUCGACGGUGAAGGGCCGUUUGCCGGCGGCUCGGGAGGAAGUCCCUUCGGUAGUGGCGCCUCGGCGGGAAGAAGGGCCGGCCGCUGCCGCCCCGGCCUGUGCCGAAUCGGCGUUGAGCUCACGGAGACGGUCGGCCAACGUCUGGUCCUCCGGGGUCUACCGAUGCCGAGCCCUGCGGCUGGGUUUUCUUCUUCUUCCCCUGGAAGCCCAUCAUGAGACGGCGCUUGGAGGACUCGUUCAUCCUCUUAGCCUCGGCAGCUCUCCUCUCUUCCGUCACUGCGAGAAAAGGGUUCGGUAA